UAUUUAGCCAUUUAUAGUGUUCAACAACACAGAAUAUACCGUCCAUCCGGCACUUGCCAGCCUCUUCUGUCCUUCCUGCUCUCUCUCGCUCUCUUGCUCUCAGCGGGAGUUGGAUGCGGAGCCGGCCGGCUUCUGAGUAUUGCUCGAUGCUGGCGUGUGCGUUCAGUCUCUUCGCGGUUGUGCCUCACGUGGGAAGUGCCAAGCAUCGUCUGCUCAGCAGUGCGCGAGUGCGAGCGAGAGGGAAGUGCAGAAGAGGCCCAACAUCUCAGAGCAUCGUGUAUUUAUAGUGAUCUCGCCAAGUGAUUUCAUCCCUUGCAAUGUGACUGGCGAUAGUCUCAGGAUUCACUCGCGCUCUGGCCAUCAGCCGAUUGAAAAUCGACCAGUGGGGCGACUUUGCGUAACCAUAGCCACUCCGUCAAGGACAUUUCCAUCAACUUCCUCCCAUCUAGCACAAUUCCUGGUUAGCGUCUAUUAGUCACCGUGCUCACAGUCUUUUUCACGAGUGAGCCUUCGCAGUCCAGAAGCGCGUAUCUUCAGGAAAGUCGCCCGUGAUCACUUUUGCACGAUGUCAGAACCGCCAUCCAGUGAGCUGAGCUUCAUUCCGGACUGGCUUCCGGGUCCGCUGGACAACCAUCGGAAGCAGAGUGCCUUCGACUGGCGGCAACUCAAGGCAGUCCUUGAGAAUAUCCACUCACUGAGGCUCAAAUACAAGGUCUGGAAGAUGCUGGAGUCUGAGCCUCUGUUCGCCAAGAGCAAGACAACUCCGAGUGCGGAUGAGCAGAAGAAGAUCGCAGCGAAGCAGAUGAUGCUCAUCGCGAAGCUGGACAUUGUCCCUCCAGAGGUUUACGCCAUGGGAUAUCUGCCCAGAUAUCGCUACCUGAUGAGCGUCAAUGAGGCCCUUCAUGCGAUCUGUCCCAGUUUAUCCGUCAAGAUCGCAGUCGGCGUGGGUCUGUUCCAGAACGCCCUGCGCGCUAUGGGAACUGAGCAGCACUCUUGGUUCUACAACGCCGCCUGGUCUCGUGAGAUAGUCACAUGCCUGGCCAUCACGGAGGUCUCUCACGGGAGUAACACGAAACGCGUCCGCACCACCGCCACGUAUGACCCGGAGAAGAAGGAGUUCAUCAUCAACACGCCAGACUUCGAGGCUGCCAAGUGCUGGGCCGGCAAUCUGGGCAAAACGGCCACAACCGCCAUUGUGUUUGCGAAUCUUAUCACGCCCGACGGACAGAGUCAUGGUCUGCACGGAUUGCUGGUGCCCAUCCGGAAUCCCUUAACACUGCAGCCUUAUCCAGGCGUGCUUGUGGGCGACAUGGGCGAAAAGAUCGGGCUGAAUGGCAUUGAUAAUGGAUUCGUGAUGUUCACGCAAUAUCGCGUGCCAAGAGAGAAUCUUCUGAACCGCACGGCUGGCGUGACUCCCGAGGGAGAACACGAGAGUGUGUUCAGUGAGCCAAGCAAGAUUCUAGGAGCGGCACUCGAGGGCUUCUCCGCUGGCCGAUUGGGCAUCAUGCAAGAGGCUACGAACACUUUGUCUCAUUCUGUCGUCAUUGCUGUGCGCUACGCCGCCAUCCGGAAGCAAUUUGGACCGGACAAGAACGGACCAGAGCAGCCAAUCAUCGAGUAUCAGCUGCACCAAUGGCGGAUCUUCCCUUUCUUGGCCGCCGCCUGCGUACUUAAGACGUCCGUUUACUCCCUCACGGAAAUCUACCUCAGGACCAUUGAGAAAUCCGAGGCUAACUCCAACGGCAUCGAUCUGCUGUCGCAGAGCGUUGGCGAGAUCCACGCUCUUGUGUCCGCCUCGAAGCCCAUGUGCACCUGGACGGCCAGGGACGCCAUACAAGAGGCGAGAGAGGCUUGCGGGGGCCAUGGAUACCUCAAGGCGGCGAAUCUGGGUGAAUUGCGGAACAACCACGACGCCUGUCUCACGUACGAGGGUGACAACAACGUGCUGGGACAGCAAGCCUCUAAUUGGCUACUUCGUCAGUGGACGGAGGGUGUCGAGAGCCCUCUGGGCACUGUGAAUUUUAUUCAGCGCCGCGAAGAGAUCCUCCAGAGUAAUUUCGAGAGCCUCGUGCAACGCUUUGAAGUCACUUCGUGGCAAUUCAUCAACCACUGUCUGGAGUGGCUCAUGUGCUGGCUCAUGCAGUCCAUCGCUGAGGACGUGCGAAAGGCCAAGGCGAACGGGGCGUGCUCGUUCGAGGCAAAGAACAAUACACAAGUGUACAAGGCAAAAGAUCUCUCCAUCAUCUACGCUGAGUUCUACGCCAUUAGCAGUUUCCGACUGCGCUGCCGCAAGUCGGACGUGCCCGCGAGCGUGAAGCCCACUCUAGAAUGCAUCCACCAAGUAUACGGCCUCUGGGUGAUCGAUCGUCACAUGGUGGCUUUCUAUCAGGGCAGUUUCGCUUCUGGUGCCCACUUCGCCGAGGCCAUUCGCACGCAGUUACUCAGCAGUUGUCGCGCCCUCAAGGCAGACGCCGUGACGGUGGCGGACUCCCUCGCGCCCCCCGACUACGUCCUCAACUCUGUCAUCGCCAAGUCCGACGGACUUCUCUACCAGAAUCUCCAGAAUGAAUUUAUGACGAAUCCCGGUGCCUUGGAGCGUGCCAACUGGUGGUGGGACGUCCUCCCCUUUCAAAAAUCCAAGCUGUAA